AAUCAUCUUUAGUAACGUGUGCGUAGGCCAAAACAGUCGACUGAGAAACUCUCAAUCUGAGCAGAUAUUUACCCAAUCAGGAAGAGGAAGAAGAAGAAGAAGAAGAGCUGAAAAUGGAGAUAACACUCAACAGUGGCUACAAGAUGCCGAUCGUCGGUUUAGGAGUGUGGAGAAUGGAGAAGGAAGGGAUCCGAGACCUUAUCAUCAAUGCCCUCAAGAUCGGCUAUCGCCAUCUCGACUGUGCUGCUGAUUAUAAGAACGAAGCCGAAGUUGGUGAGGCUCUCGCAGAAGCAUUCAAGACGGGUCUAGUCAAGAGGGAGGAUCUCUUCAUUACGACCAAGCUAUGGAAUUCAGACCAUGGCCAUGUUAUUGAGGCGUGCAAGGACAGUCUCAAGAAACUUCAACUUGAUUAUCUCGACCUUUACCUCGUUCAUUUUCCUGUAGCAACGAAGCACACUGGAGUUGGAACCACCGAUAGUGCUUUGGGCGAUGAUGGGGUAUUGGACAUAGACACGACUAUUUCUCUGGAAACUACAUGGCAUGACAUGGAAAAGCUUGUAUCUAUGGGUUUGGUCCGCAGCAUUGGAAUCAGUAACUAUGACGUCUUUCUAACGAGAGAUUGCUUGGCUUACUCCAAGAUCAAGCCUGCAGUGAAUCAGAUCGAGACACAUCCUUACUUUCAACGUGAUUCUCUUGUCAAAUUCUGCCAGAAGCACGGUAUUUGUGUCACCGCUCAUACUCCUCUAGGAGGUGCCACGGCGAACGCAGAGUGGUUUGGUACUGUGUCAUGUCUGGAUGACCCAGCUCUCAAAGGAGUGGCCGAGAAGUACAAAAAGACAGUGGCACAAGUUGUCCUGAGGUGGGGAAUCCAGAGGAACACGGUGGUGAUACCAAAGACAUCGAAACCUGAGAGAUUGGAAGAGAAUUUUCAGGUGUUUGACUUCGAACUGACAAAAGAAGACAUGGAAGUGAUCAAAAGCAUGGACAGAAAGUACCGUACGAACCAACCGGCCAAGUUUUGGGGCAUUGAUCUCUACGCUUGAUGAUCUUAUUCUUGUCUCUCUCUCUCUCUAUCGACUAUAUGAAUAAGAGAAGAAGCUAUAGCUUCACUGGGACAUUCUCAAAUGUGUGUGAGCCUACAUGAACUCAUGUUAUUAAAAUGAUUAUGAUUUCCCUAGUCUAAAAAGAGGAAUAUUUUAUAUCUUCUUUGUUUUUUAUGCUA